AUUUGGCGAACAUUGAUCAUUUUGAAGCCAAGCCCGCAAGCAUUGUAAUAAUUGUAUUGAGCAAGCGUCUUAAGAUAUAGCGAAAGCAUUGGAAUUUAGACUUUACUGCAUUGUUAUAGAUAUUUUUAUCCAAACGCGACGGGUAAAAUCAUUGGUCGUUUAGUAUCGAGAGGAUGAGUGGAAAACUUGAAAGGUAGGAAAGCGGGAAUGUGUCGGCUGAAGCGAAACAAGGCUUCAGUUGCACCGCGCACAUGCUGGCGUGCGGACAGAUUCAAAGGUCGGGUUUCACGUGAGAUGGCGGGAACUUUACGAUAAAUUACUAACUUCUUACGUUGUACGCGUAUUUUGUUGGACAUUCCUAAUCGAAUACAGUUUUUAUGACGUGUAUUUUUAGUAUUAAAAAUAAGUAUUUAACUUCAAAUAUUACUUUGUUAUGAAGUGAUUAAGAACUGAUGAACACCUGUUUUGUAUCAAGUAAAUGCAAUGAAAUGGAACGUAAUAAUUUCCCAACGAUUCGGUAACCUAAGUUCAAUAAUAAUGGAGAGACAAGAAGCAAGACACAAUCACAAGCGUUCAAAAUUAUAGACUAUUUCCAAUGUCGGAACGGAAAGGGAAAAUGCCAUAGACAUGUACGGUCUUCUCGGCGCGGCUGCAAACUCGGCAUUGUUGCAGCUACUGUUAUCAAUUACAGGCGUGAGUGGCGUCAGCUGGGAGGAAUGGUGGACCUACGACGGCAUCUCAGGGCCAGCGUUCUGGGGUUUAAUCAACCCAGAAUGGUCUCUGUGCAACAAGGGCCGUCGCCAGUCCCCGGUCAACCUGGAGCCGGACAAACUGCUGUUUGACCCCAAUCUACGGUUCUUACAUAUAGAUAAGCAUAGGAUAAAUGGGCUGAUAAGCAAUACGGGUCACUCCGUGAUAUUCACGGUGGAGAACGAGACUCGACACCACAUCAACAUCACUGGGGGCCCGCUCUCCUAUAAGUAUCAGUUUCACGAAAUACAUAUACAUUACGGGCUUCAUGAUCAAUUUGGUUCAGAGCACGCCAUCAACGGAUAUUCGUUUCCUGCUGAGAUUCAAAUAUUUGGUUUCAAUUCGCAGCUUUAUUCAAAUUUCUCUGAAGCACUGCACAAAGCUCAAGGAAUUGUUUCGAUCUCGCUUCUCCUACAGCUCGGAGAUUUAUCAAAUCCUGAAUUAAGGAUUUUGACUGAAGAACUAGAAAAUAUUAAAUAUGGGGGAGCGGAGAUGCCAAUAAACAAGCUAUCGGUGCGAGGCCUGUUGCCCGACACCGACUACUACAUGACGUACGACGGAUCCACGACGGCUCCUGCCUGCUUCGAGACCGUCACGUGGAUCAUUAUCAACAAGCCCAUCUACAUCACUAAGCAACAGUUACACGGGCUACGUCGGCUGAUGCAGGGCGAUGCGCGCCACCCCAAGGCGCCGCUCGGCAACAACUUUAGACCUCCACAACCGCUCCAUCAUCGAGCGCUGCGUACCAAUAUCGACUUUGACCUGACCAAGUACCCCGGAAAAUCUUGCCCGAGUAUGCAUCGAGAUAUGCAUUAUAAAGCCAAAAGCUGGACUCAGUACUGAAGACUUCUAUACAUGUGUUAUAACGACGAUCAUUCGUAUGUUAAGCUACGUAGAAAACAAUGUACUUAAACCAAUUAAUUUUAUUUUGUAUAUACUCUUGUACAGUCUUGUUAAAAAAUUAUACUUCCCUUGAGUUAAAUAAAGUAUCAAAAUGUAGAUUCGAUGAUAUUGUAAUACUAAUAGCUGAUCAUGUCAUAUCAAUACUUACAUAAUCAAAGUUCGCUUAGAGAGCCAUAUCCUUAAUUAUGUAGUUCGAUUGGAAUUACCGUAAAAAUGUAAUAUAUAGAUAGUAGUAAAGAAUUUUAGGUAAAUUAUAGUUUGAAACAUCGGCCUCUUAAAUAAGUUAAAUAUUGUAUACUUUCGGAUAGAUUUGCCCACAACAUCGGGUCUGUUAUAUUUACGUAAUUUACAAA